AAAUGAUGUUCCUUUGGGCCCUGCCGUGUGCCAACAAGGUAUAUGAAUAAUGAAUUAUUACUCCCCAUCAUGAACAAAGUUGCGCCUUUGUUCUUCUUGUUUCCACGCUUUCAAUUCAUUCAUUGACAUUCACUUAUCUUUUAAUUUUUCUUUCAUCUUGGUCCCCAACUUUUCCCCUUAGUCCAACCAAUCAAUCGCUUCAACGCAGACCCACAUUGCAGAUGACUUUAAGUUUGCUGUUUUCAAGCAUCAGAGGCAGCAUUAAUGGGUUGGGUAUGCAUUGAAACGAAGGUGGGUGGGGGAAAGUUGGUUCCUUUUUUGGUUAAGGACUUGUGGGUUUUGCUCCACUUCCAUUGAAAGAGAUAAGGAAUGAAUGAUCAUUUAGGGAUUAAGUAGUGUUACUGUGUUGGCUGUUAAUACUACUUAUGUUUCGGAGACUCAGAUGGUUUGUGGGUCUGAAUCAAAAGAAUUGGUCAACCAAAAGGUUGGUCAAUGUUCAACAACAUGGCCCUGCAAGGCCUAACCAUUUGCCUGUGCUCGAUGCUGUUUACGAAGUUGCAGUUUACAUUCAUAGGUUUCAUAAUCUUGACCUUUUUGAACAAGGAUGGUACAAAAUCAAGGUUACCAUGAGAUGGGAGGAGGGUGAAGACUCCUAUCCUGGGAUUCCAGCACGGGUUGUUCAGUAUGAAGAGUUUGGAUGAUCGAUGAUACAGACAACAGUUUUUCAACACCACCAUUCCAGAUUAGAUAUGCAAGGCAGGAUGUAUUUCUUUCUAUCAUGAUUUCAUUCUACCUGUCUUUUGGUGAAUAUGAGGGACAAUCCUCUGCUGUUAUCUUGAAGUUUGAACUCAUGCAUGCUCCUAUAACCGAAACUGGAUCUGAGUUACAAGGUUCACUGGAUGCAUAUGCUACUUCGGCUCAUGAAUACAAAAUCCCCCCUAAAGCUCUUCUGGGAUUGCAUUCAUAUUGUCCUGUCCAUUUUGAUGCUUUCCAUGCUGUCCUUGUUGAUACAAGCGUUCACAUCAGUUUACUGAAAGCUAGUUAUCACACAUCUCCACAGAAGGUAUCCAGUGAUUCCAGAGGUUCAGAAGGUGCAUAUGUUGAAGACUAUGUUGGAUCAAACAAGGUUAUGCUCAUCAAAGCAUUGAUGGCUGCCCAUGAUAUCCUGCUUGAAGAUUUGAGAAGAAUAAGCACAGGCAUUGAUAAAGCUAUUGAUUUGACUGAAAUUACUUUUGAAGCAGAUGCUACAGAAUGGUUUAGUUCAACUCCACCAGCACACGUGAAAAGUAUUGAUGGGGAAACAUUACAUCAACUGUCAGAUGAGACACACAUCAGUGCUGAGAAAGCUGCUCAUUAUAUCAAUGAUCUUUCCAAAUCAUUUGAACCUUUUUCUUGGGAUGGUCAUCUGUUAAGCUCUUUCGAGUCUUUAGGGAAUCAGCUCUUAUGUCUUUGGAAUAUAUUUCUGAAAUUCCACAGGGAAAACAAAACAAAAAUACUGGAGUUUCUACGCAAGUCCUGGGCAAUUGAUCGGAGAACUGAAUGGUCAAUAUGGAUGGUGCACUCAAAGGUUGCAAUGCCUCAUCAAUAUAUGGGCAAUGGAGUUGAGGGGACAUCAUUGUCCCAUGGCAUACGUAGAAGUUCAAUAAUUGCAAGAAGGUUAACUGAUGAUCCUAUUCAAACUGCAAUGAUGCGUGCCGAACUUCAUAGGAGUGGAAUAGCACAAAUGAGGAUCAACAAUCGUUCAAUUCAAGACAUGUAUAUAUUUGGAGAUCCUCUGCUUGUUCCUAUUAUUAUUGUAGAAUGCUUAACAAACAUGCACUAUCCUGCCAAUGUGAACUCAAAUGGCAUUCCUUUGGAGGAUGAAGUGAGACAUAUUCUUGAAAAUGGACCCAGAACCACAAAAAAAUUGUGUGGUAGUAGCCCACAUCAAAAUGAACACAUUUUGAGAAUAGUUGUUUUUGUUCAUGGGUUUCAGGGAAACCAUUUGGAUUUACGGCUUGUUCGGAACCAAUGGCUUUUAAUAGACCCCAAGGUACAGUUUCUAAUGUCAGAGGCAAAUGAGGAUAAAACAUCUGGGGACUUCAGAGAAAUGGGAUUACGGCUUGCCCAGGAAGUGAUCUCUUUCCUGAAAAAGAAGAUGGAUAGAGCUUCUAGAAGUGGAAACUUAAAAGAUAUCAAGCUUAGCUUUGUUGGUCAUUCUAUUGGGAAUCUCAUUAUCAGGACAGCCUUAACAGAGAGCAUCAUGGAACCAUACCUAAGAUACUUACAUACAUAUGUCUCCAUUUCUGGUCCACACUUGGGAUACAUGUAUAGUUCGAACUCUCUAUUCAAUUCAGGGCUGUGGAUAUUGAAGAAGUUCAAGGGCACACAAUGCAUCCAUCAACUUACCUUUACAGAUGACCCUGAUCUUGAGAAUACUUUCAUCUACAAUCUUUCCAAGGAGAGGACACUAGCUAACUUCCAAAAUGUGCUGCUUUUAUCCUCACCUCAGGAUGGUUAUGUUCCAUACCAUUCUGCCAGAAUAGAACCAUGUCCAGCAGCUUCUUUGGAUUUUUCUAGAAGAGGGAAAAUCUUCCAGGAGAUGCUAAAUAAUUGCUUGGACCAAAUCAGAACUCAUUCUGACCAUCGUGUGGUCAUGCGCUGUGACAUCAACUUCAACACUUCCUCCUAUGGCAGAAACUUAAAUACUCUUAUUGGACGGACGGCUCAUAUUGAGUUCUUGGAGUCUGACAUUUUUGCAAAGUUCAUAAUGUGGUCAUUCCCAGAGCUGUUUAGAUAGCAAAGAAGGAAAUCUGCAUGGGAUUCAGGUAACAUUGUUGACUUAGAGAAACAAUGAGGUUGACACAAGGACUUCAAAGAAACACUGGAACUGAAAGCACAGCAUUAUCAUAAAACAGUUGAGAGGUGGAAAAUUGAAGUCCAUCAAGGGUCAAAACUGAGUUGGUAUUUUUCUAACACAAUUCUCACAGUAGGACAAAAUGAUGAAUCUUAGCCCUCCCAAAAUUGGUGUCCACAUUUGGGACUGGAAACUUGGGGCAUGUGCAGAGCAGCAGACAUGCAUAGAACCUUGGCCAUUGUAAUUAUUUUUGUUUAGUUUUUAUAUAUAUUUUUUCUUCUCUCUGUUAUGAAUCGGGGAUACAGCCUUUUGGCCAUUAGGCAGGGUGUAGGCAUGUAUGUACAAAGAACAAAAGCAUUAUUGUACCAUAUCUGUUGAAGUUCAUAGAAGUUAGUUCUGUAGGCUUAGGAAAUAGGAGCCUAGAGAAAAUAUUGUACACUUGUAAUAGUUGAUUUUUAAAGAAAUUUUUAGAGAACACCCAUGCUUCUACAUAAGAAAACACUUUCCUGUGUCAUCUUUU